GGGGCGGGAGGAGGAGGAGGCGCAGGAGGAGGAGGAGCAGGAGGAAGAAGAAGAAGGGGUUCGGGGUCCGGUGGGGUAUCGGCGAGUCUGCAGCGGCGAUGACGGAGCUGAGGCAGCGGGCCGCCCCCGCGCCCCCCACGCCGGAAGACAAGGAGCCGGAGCCGCCGGCGGCGCGGGUGGAUGGAGAGACGGCGUCGGACGGUGAGGGUCAGGCGGGGCACCCGCCCGCCCCGGCCCCGGGGGACGACACGCCCGAGGUCCUCAACAGGGCCCUCUCCAACCUGUCCUCCAGGUGGAAGAACUGGUGGGUGCGGGGCAUCCUGACGCUGGCCAUGAUCGGCUUCUUCUUCGUCAUCAUCUACCUGGGACCCCUGGUGCUCAUGGUCAUUGUGAUGUGCGUCCAGAUUAAAUGUUUCCAUGAGAUCAUCACCAUCGGCUACAACGUCUAUCACUCCUACGAGCUGCCCUGGUUCAGGACCCUCAGCUGGUACUUCCUGCUGUGUGUCAAUUACUUCUUCUACGGGGAGACGGUGACGGAUUACUUCUUCACGCUGGUGCAGAGGGAGGAGCCGCUGAGGAUCCUCAGCCGAUAUCAUCGCUUCAUCUCCUUCGCCCUCUACCUCACCGGGUUCUGCAUGUUCGUGCUCAGCCUGGUGAAGAAACACUACCGGCUGCAGUUCUACAUGUUCGGCUGGACCCACGUGACCCUGCUGAUCGUGGUCACCCAGUCCCACCUCAUCAUCCACAACCUGUUCGAGGGGAUGAUCUGGUUCAUCGUUCCCAUCUCCUGCGUCAUCUGUAACGACAUCAUGGCCUACAUGUUCGGCUUCUUCUUCGGCCGCACCCCGCUCAUCAAGCUCUCCCCGAAGAAGACCUGGGAAGGCUUCAUUGGAGGAUUCUUUGCCACCGUGGUGUUCGGCCUGCUGUUGUCGUACGUCAUGUCCGGGUACCGGUGCUUCAUCUGCCCGGUGGAGUACAACAGCGAUACCAACAGCUUCACGGUGGACUGCGAGCCUUCCCAGCUCUUCCGCCUGCACGACUACAGCCUCCCGGCCGGCCUCCGCACCCUCGUCGGACGGGAGACGGUGCGGAUGUACCCCUUCCAGAUCCACAGCGUCGCCCUGUCCACCUUCGCCUCUCUCAUCGGGCCCUUCGGAGGGUUCUUCGCCAGCGGCUUCAAGCGGGCCUUCAAGAUCAAAGACUUCGCCAACACCAUCCCCGGCCACGGGGGCAUCAUGGAUCGCUUCGACUGCCAGUACCUCAUGGCCACCUUCGUCAACGUCUACAUCGCCAGCUUCAUCAGGGGCCCCAACGCCAGCAAGCUGAUCCAGCAGGUCCUCACCCUGCGGCCCGAGCAGCAGCUGCACAUCUUCGCCACCCUCAAGGCCCACCUGCUGGACAAGGGCGUGCUGGGAGCCCAGCCCGAGGACGAGGGCCGCCACUGAGCCGGCCGGCCGGUCGCCCCCGGCCCCCCCCGGCCUCCUCCCCUCCUCCCCGAGCCGCCCCCGCGUCCCCGCGUGUCCGCGCGGGCCCAGGCGGGCGAGGGAAUCCCCAGCUUCCGGGCGGAGAGGAGUCCCGGGGGGGGGGGGGCGGAGGCGUCGGGGAAGAGAGUUUUCCGGCGGCCGGGAAGACCCGGAUGGGGGGGAGACCCCGCCCGGGGGGCUUCGGGGACCCUCCUCCUCGGUCGGGUCCGACCCCCGAUCCGCUGUCCGUCCUCCCCCUCCCCCCCCCCCGUCCCGCUCUUCCGCUCCGGUUCGCCCGCGAAGGCCGAGGCGGAGACCGACCGGAGCUCCGGCUCUCAAGCACCUUCGGAACGUUAGCCUCUCCCUCGGGAGCCCUCCCCGGGAAGAAGAAGAAGAAGAAGAAGAAGAAGAAGAGCCGCCUCCUAUUAUGGUUUCACCUCGGCGUCACUUCAUCCGCGAAAAGCAUCGUGGUUUUUUUUUUCCGGGGCGGGGAAGUGGUGUAUUUGCGUGUGCGCGCGUGCGUUUUUUUCGUUUCUCUUUAUAAGGCUCCGAGGUCGAAAAGCGGGGUGUGAUAAAGUGGGCUAGAAGUCGUCCCGGCAGUAUCUCACCAAGGACGCCGGAGAGCGGAAGGAGACGGCCGAAUCCGGCCGUCCGACGUCCGGCGGGAACGCCGGCCGAAGGAGCCCCCGGGGCCCGGGGCCGGACUCGGACGGAGGACCCGGCCUCACGGGCCCCGCUUUGCGAAAGCUGUAGAUUCGGGGCUGCCGGAAACUUCCCCCGUCUCCCCUCCUCCGGCAGGAGAGACCUUUCCUCCCCCCGUCCCUCCCCUCUACCCGCCCCGGCUUAAGUUAUUCAUUCUCCUGUGGCACUAAGGGAUGCAAAUCGCCGUUAAUCGAAAUCGUAGACGCCCCCACCGGGGUUUAGAACCGUUCGCCGCUUAGGGCGCGAGUCCUCGGUGAUGUCGUCUGACGUAUGUUGUAUUUUACGGGGACCGUGACCAAUUUCCUCCUUCCCCCCACCUUAUUUUGUUUUCGUGUUAAUUUUAAGCUGUGAUGUAUUCCGUCCUUCCUCCCGUCUCGGGGGCGAAGCGAACUCUGCGCGGGGCGUCGGAGCGGGGGGGGGGUUCGGAGACCCCGGGGCGUUUUCCGGCCCCGGGCCGUGAGCGGCGGCCGCGACGGAGCGGCUGGGACGGGGGUGGAUGGGGAAGGGGCCCGGGGAGACCGUCCCGGACGCGCCCUCGGCGUCCUCCGCGGCCGUCGGAGGUGGAAGCGGGCUCCCGCGGCCGGGAACCCCCCGGCCGUCCGGUGGCGACUCCCCAAGCCGGGGCCGUCCGCCUCCUCGUCCGGAGGGGACGCCGGCGGGAGGGGGAGCGGCCGGCCGCCCGGAGAGAAGAGCCGGGGGGAGUCGGCGUCGACGAGCGGACCGUUCAGAAGAGAGGCCCCCCCGAAAGCCGCAGGGAGACGUCUCGGGAUCGGGAACGUGGGCGCGCCCGGCCCGGAGCCCGAAACGGAGGCCGCAGCCACCGGUUCCGCGGCGAAGCGCCGCGCCGGUCGCCCGGCGUCCGCUUCGGCCCGCCCGGCCGCCCGGGCCCGGAAGACGUACCCCGAAACGGGACGGUCCCCCCACCGCCUUCGUCUGCAGAUGCUCAGCUUCGGCCCGGACGCGGACGCCCCCGACGCUCCUUCCGCCCCUCGUCGCCUUCGAGCCGCUUUUCCCCACCCGCCCGUGGCGAGGGAGCGGGGAAAGUAAGCCCGCGGGUCGGAAUCCAAAACGGAUGGGAAGCCGGGAAGCCGUCCCCGUCCCCGUGAGGGUCGGGGAGCCCGGGGGCGGCGCAACGGCGGACGCGGGUGACCCCGGUGCUCGGAGACGGCGUCUCCCCGCGGGGAAGCGUGGCUUCCCUAGGGAGGGGUGAAGUCCGGCGGCCCCAGAGCCCCGCGGCCCCCGAGGCCUCCGGCUUGAGGUCGGCGCCGAGGGGAUGGGAGACGUCCGGCUCGGUUCCGACUCUUCCCCCCCCCCCCAUCCCCGUCACUCCCGUCCCUCUCCCCCACCCUAGAAGGACGGUGGGCGCGAAGCGGAUCGCUUCGGGGGGAGCUCGGCUCCGUCGUCCCCGUUCCUACGCCGUGGUCGGAUCUGCUCAGCGGGGAGAUCCACCGGCGGGGUGUGCGCGCGUCGAGGGUCUUGGGAGGGUGCGGAUCCCACACGCUCUUUUUCAAAAAAAAAAAGAGGGGGAAAAGCCAAAACGGAAGGGUAGAAUCGGAGGACGUUCGAGUCGGGGGGCUUCACAGGCGUCACGAUCCCUCCCCCCCCCCCCCCCAGCCCUUACGUAUCGCUCGGGAGCGGUGAAGGUGCCGGGUGUCGGAGGUCCGGCGGCAGAUGAGUUUUUUAAAAACGAUGGAAUCGAGUAUUCGAGAAAAGUACCGCCCGUUAUCGAGGAUAUCAUUAAGAGCGUUAUUGCCGUUUCUGUGAUUUUAACAACAAUAAACCUUUCAACCCCACGUCCGGAA